GUCGCACGCAUUACAACACUACCCAACUGACUCGCGGUGUGGACGCGCAGACGGCUAUCGCCUUCCGUCGAGCGCGCGCUUCCAUUUUCAAAUUUUUUUUUUUUAAUCGAAAUGCAUUCGCGCGUGGCAUGACCGUGUUCUAUUAAAAAAAAAAUUCAAAGGUGUUUUUCAAAAUGCGUGCAGUGCUUUUCGUGUUUGCGUGUGUGUCAUUUGUGGCAGGACAGGACAUAAACAGUUUGAGGGACAUGCCGAAGUACGAUAAAAGAUAUGACUAUUUGAGUGUUGACGCUAUUUUGGAAAACAAAAGAUUAGUGAGGAACUACGUGGAUUGUCUGAUAAAUGCGAAACCGUGCACGCCUGAAGGAAAGGCGCUGAAAAAAAUACUCCCAGAAGCGCUUCGGACGAAAUGCAUCCGAUGCACAGAAAACCAGAAGCAAACAGCAGUGAAAGUGAUCAAGCGAGUGAAAGCCGAUUAUCCUGAGGACUGGCAGAAACUAGCUUCGAGAUGGGACCCCACUGGAGACUUUACUAGAUACUUCGAAGAGGUGUUGACUAGAGACCACUUCAAUACUAUUCCUAACGGUAACGAGAUCCCUGGCUCAUCACCGCUGCCGACGCCACCACCGCCUUCACCACCCACGCAGACCACCAGACGACCAUUCUCACCACCGCCACCACCAACGUUGCCACCACUGGCUGUGAUCCCACAGACAACCACGACUCCACGACCUGUCAUAUUGAACAGGCCUACACCACCACCGGCCGCGCCGACGCUGCCACCUGCACCAGCACCUUCCAGCUCACAACCACCAGUUUCCACUUCAGCACGACCUGUCAUAUUAAACAGGUUCGGUGAUGACGGCGAGCUGAUGACGAACGGUAGACCAGCGCCGCCGGUGACCACCCGACCCACCACCGUUCGCCCGGUCUACACUACCAGACCGUCGCCAACGUACUGGGCCGGCGCUGCAUCCGACGUCGUCCCUACGCAGUUCAACCUCCGACCAACGAAGGACAUCAUGCCUCCCUACACGACGGCCAUUACACUUAUCGAUCAGAUCGGAUACAAGAUCAUCAGGACCACGGAGUUAGUCACUGAUAUCCUGAGGAACACUGUGAGGGCAGUUGUUGGCCGGUAAAGAGAUCGUGGGACCGGUGACGCUGGGUUUUCAGUGUUGGAACUUCGAUAAUUAUGUCCCAUUUUUUGGGCGGUAGAUAUAAUUUAGGCAAUUUGUCUUCUGUCUCUCAAGUCUGAAUCACAAAUCUGUUUUAAUUUAAAGCAAAAUCAGGACUUGUCGGAUCGAAUUUUCGUUUAUGUAAACCUGUUAUUUUUAUGUUAGGUACUACUCUUCAUUUUUAUCUCAAACGAUGUCCUAAAUAAAUUGGACUUUACGAGGAAAACGACCAUACCAACUAAACUAUUUAUUAAUAUGUGAUGAUGUGAUUUUAAAAUGGGGACUUGAGUGUCCUUAAAUUUUUUUUUUUAAUUCUUUUUGGAAAUAAUAGCAUCAUUUAAACCGUUCGCAUAAGGUCAUAUUUUAGCCGAUAGAUACUAAAAUUUUACUUUUUGGAUAGAUAUCAAAGUAGUUUCAGCACGACACUGAAAUUGAUAUUGAAAUGUAUUGCGUUGCCGGUCUUGAUCAAGUGCCAGUGGUUCACGAUUUGCUCAAUAUUUCGAAAACGUGCGUAACAUGAUCUACUUAGAUACAAACUUUUAGAUUUUCCAACUCUUGCCAUAAACUUAUGUUUUUUCUCUACUUCUGAAAAUCUGACUAGUUUUGUUGCAAGAGAAUGGUUAGAGUGGCUUUUGUUUUUUGUUUAGGAUUUUGUCUUUGUUUAAGUACUUCAUAUUGUGUCUAAAGUUUGUAUCGAAUAAAGACAAUGCAAUCUCUUAUAAGUGCCUCUACGUUUUUCGCAAAAUAGUUUAACAGAAAAUAAUGUAAUAACCACCGAGUAUCUUUAUAGAAAACCUUACUUACGUGCUAAUGUUAUUUUUUUAUGUGGUUUAUCAUGAAUGAUUGCUACAUAAUGUUAAUGACAAUUAUAUAUGUCUUGCAUUUCAGCCGUUAAGGUGCAAUUCCACAGGUGGUCUGGUGCUGUCUCCGAUAACAUUAUUUCUUACUAUGUAAUUUUAAUAGACAGGCGCUUGCAUUUAAAAAAACCAGAAACAUUAUAAGAGAUAAGUACAUAUAUAAAUAAGAAGACCUCCACUCCACCUAUCUAUACCUAUGGCAUUUUAAGAUUUUACGAUAAUGUCCCAUUUACACGAUGAGAGAGAUUUAGUUAAGUACAUAUAUUGCGGGUUGUUGAGAUUUCAUACAAUUCAGCACACCAAGCAGGUUUCAUUAGAUAAGUACAUCAAUAUAGAUGAAACUUGGGUGCGAGUUCUCGCACCGUGUAAAUGGGCCCUAGAUGUCUGUAUAACUGCACCAGGCUGUUCUCCAAGUUCUGUAACAUUCGCAAUCUGUCAACUGGUAUUGGAACUUUGUAACGAAACCAUUACCUAUGAUAUUAUAGUCAAUUUAAUUUGUAAGUUUGAAACAUGUCUUACCAUGUUCGCAUUCUCAUUGUAAUUGUUAAAUUAUUUAUGUUUAGUUUGACUUUUUAAUAAGAAAGUUGUUUAAGUUUCCCCUAAGGCAAAAAAGACUUAAAUUCCACAUGCCUUUGUAGAUUUUUUCUUCGAUGACGGCAUCAUUUUUGUGGGCCUUAUUUUUUUUUUUCGCCUUGUCUGAAAGUUUGCGUGUUGAUUUUCCACAGGAGCAUUCGUUUUGUGAAUGAAUGUAAUUUUGUAGAAUCGUAUUUAGUAUUUAGUGCUUUGAUUAGAGCAUUUUUUUUUAAAUAAGUAUGUCUUCUUUGCCUGCCGUCUUAAGAAGUAAUUAGGUUAAGACUGUAACUAAUACGUAGAUUUAAGUUUUUAUAAUUAUAGUCGGACAGUGACUCAAUUAAAUACUUUUAUAAAA